GAUAUUUCCCUCCGGACGAUUAUCCGUGUGACACAUAACAAAAAAAUACGGAAGAAGCGAGAAUCAGCUGACACAAGCGGCAUUGUGUGGUUGUUUGGGGUCAUUUCUGACCGACACAACCCGCCGGCAUGAUGGAGGACCAGGAGAUGCAGCUGAAAGUGAGACGAGUGAGCGACAAGUUCACGGAGAGCAUGUACGUGCUGGCUAACGAGCCGUCGGUGGCUCUCUACAGGCUGCAGGAGCACGUCAGAAGGUCGCUGCCUGAGCUGGUGCAACACAAGACGGACAUGCAGAGCUGGGAGGAGCAGAGUCAAGGAGCCAUCUACUCUGUGGAGUACGCAUGCAGUGCCGUGAAGAGCAUGACAAACAGCAGCUUGUACUUCAAAAAUAUCGACAGCCUCCUACGUCAAGCCAUCGGUAUAAAGGAGCAGAUUAGCAACUCUCAAGGACGCAGCUUACAUGAUGUGACACCCUCUCCCAGUCCCCUUGUCUCUGUUCCACACGCACCUUCCACUUCCUCAUGACCUCUGGACCGAGGUGUCCAAGGAAAAGGGCCGUGGACGCGAGCGUGCUGAGGGAGGGGGGAGAAAAGCACGGCUCGGGGAUCUGACGCGACUUCCUGAGACGCCUGCUGCCCCUUCCUCCAGAACCCAGGCCGACGUGGGCGUCGUUAGGGCGACGCCUCAUCGUCACAAUAGGGUGACCCGACCCCUCCUUCCCCCUCCCCACCACCACCGCCGCCCCCCUCCCCAGUGCAAGCCGCUCAGUGGAACAGAGCAACGCAGCAUUAAAAACCACUUGAGUCAUGGAGGCUGCUCAAAGAACGCAUUGUUCUCUGGGAGCCGCUGGACGGGCCCGAGAGCCUCUGCUGUCGGUCCCCCGCUGCACUGCUAAUAAUGCUGCGGUCGCUGGUAUCUGUUGGUAACCUGCAUGCAAAUUGUAACGGCCAUAAACAGCAGGUAAUCCGGGCCCGUCUUGCAGGAUUAAAUCCAUGCACGUGCAAGAAUAAGCAACAGAAUACAGGUUUUUCAGUCUUUUUUUCUUUCUUUCUUUCUUACCUGCCAAGUAGACAGAAACCCCGAGGCAGAACAGUCCGAUGGCCACGUGUCGCACCGCUCUGCUGUCUAAAAGGAACCAGUCUUCUCUGUGGGAACAAAUGUCGUACGUUCAAUGCUGUGGCACGUUAACAUUGCCACUUUUAAAUGUUUCCCAUCUGUGUAUAAAUGAAGACAACGUUGAUAUUUUCUUUUGUGUCGUUUCAUUGCAACCUUCUUGCUCUCCGA